AUGAUGUUGACCAAUGAUAAUUCAACGUAUUCGCAAUUUCAACUAGUUCCCGCUUAUGGAUAUUCUUCAGACAACAAGAGUGAUGCUGAUUCCUCUGGUACGACUACUUACCUAGAUCUCAUUGCGAACUCUGAUUUGUUCCUGGAUAAGCUUCAUGAUUUGCCCCAAGAUUCUGGCAGAAUUGUCAAAGAUCCUAAUGUGGGUGAAGAAAUUCUGGAUCUGCAUCAGCUUUUCAUCGAGGUCAUAAAUCGAGGUGGUACUGAAAAGGUGAUCAUGGAUUGUAAGUGCAAUGAAGUGACUGGAAUAUUUAAUCUGAAGACAGAAGUGAAAAAUGCAGCAUAUGUUUUAAGGAAGACUGAUCUGAAAAUGCUCUUUGAGUUGGAGCAUGUGUAUUUCUUCAAAGAGCCAAUGUCUUCCUUCUGGGUGAAAGAUCCGAGACAUUAA